AUGGCGGCAGAAGGUGCGGAAGGUCUGAGUAACAACGGAGAACUAGAUACCUCUGCAAGUUUUGAAGUCAAUGAAAAUGUUGACCCCCCUAAGCCAGAGGCUGAAGCGUCUGGCGGCGUGGAGGCGCAGUCUACGGAUCCGGGGGCAUCAUAUACGAUGCCUCUAGCGGAGGGCGACGAUGAGGAAGACGGAGAACUUCCUGUGGAUUUUGAGAGACUGUGGAAACUAGCUCACGACAGUCCGCAAGAUUUCUCCCUAUGGACGGACCUGUUGCAGUACUGCGAACAAGAGAGUCACAUGACAGCAUCUCGUCGGGCUUUGACAGCUUUCUUAGUUAGAUACCCUCUGUGCUAUGGAUACUGGAAGAAAUUUGCUGACCUGGAGAGACGUGCGGGGCACAACAAGAGGGCAGAGGAGGUGUGUGUCCAGGGUCUGAAAGCCAUCCCUCUCAGUGUUGAUCUAUGGAUACACUACAUCAAUCUGCUCCUGGGAACACUGAACAUGAACCUGCCUGAGUCUAGUAAACGCAUUCGCAGUGUGUUUGAGGAGGCGCUAGCAGCUGCAGGGAUGGACUUCCACUCAGACAGACUGUGGGACCUGUAUGCUGAAUGGGAGAAAGAACAGGGCGAUCUUCGGGCCAUGACUGGAGUGUAUGAUAGAGCGCUCAAGAUGCCCACCCAGCUGUAUAGUGGACAUUAUGAGAAACUCAAAACACAUUUAACUUCCCAUCCGCCUCAGGAUGUUCUAACUCCGGAGGAGUACGGGAAGCUUCGUGCUGAAUACAGACAGAGUUUAAAAAAGAAGGAAGGGUCAGAUGCAGCUGCUGAGGAGGAGGAGAGGCCUCCUGGAGAAGAGGAACCUUUAGAUGGCGGCAAUAGCAAAGACUCUGAGGAAGCAAUCCAAAAGAUGCAGGAGCUCCUGUUGGCCGGCAGAGAAAAAAUAUACCAACAGAACGAGGCGGAGGUCAGGAAGAGAUGGAAUUACGAAGAUGCUAUUAAAAGGCCCUACUUCCAUGUGAAACCUCUGGACAGGGCGCAGCUGAACGCCUGGCAGACCUACCUGGACUGGGAAAUGGCAGAGGCAGAAUCUGCUCAGAGUGCUACCGAGGGGACAGCGACUGACGGAGAGCAGGGGUCCGCAGCCACGGAGAGCGUUGCCGGACACAAACGUGUGCUGAUUCUCUUUGAGCGCUGUCUCAUUGCCUGUGCCCUUUAUGAAGAGUUCUGGACCAAGUAUGUACGUUACCUGGAACCUCAGAGUCUGGAGGAGGCCCGCAGUGUGUUUAGGAGAGCCUGUGAAAUCCACUUGCCUCACAAACCCAGCGUUCACCUGCAGUGGGCUACAUUUGAGGAGAGACAUGGUAACAUUUCUGAAGCACGGCGUGUGCUGCAGGCCCUGGAACAGGCCUUGCCUGGGUUGGCCAUGGUGCGGCUGCGAAGGGCGGGGCUUGAGAGAAGAGUGGGCCAAUUGGAAGCGGCUGAGUCACUCCUGAGGGAGGCAGUGGACCAAAGUAAAGACAACCCCAGUCUCCACGCCUUCUACUCCAUCAAAUUAGCCAGAUUCCUUCUCAAAUUGGGCAAGAAUCCGACCAAGGCCCGCACCAUCCUACAGGAGGCUAUUGAGCUCAGUCCGGAUAACAGUAAGCUGCACCUGAACCUGUUGGAGCUGGAGGUGUCCGGGGAUCCCCGCGCUAAUGGAGCAGCAGUGCAGCAGUGCGUCACCAGUGCCCUUUCUGCUCCUCUUUCCCCCAAAACCAAAAUCCUCUUCUCCCAGCGCGGCUUACAGUUCGCUGAGGACUUUGGGACCACUGUGCAGAGUGUGAUGACGAUGUACGAUGAGCACCAGAAACUGCUGAAGGAGCAUGGCAGUAAGAAAAGAGGGGCAGAGAAUGGUGAUAACGAAGACUCAGAGAAAAUGUGGAAAGGUGAUGACACAUCAUCCAUGUCAACUCCUCUCCUGUCUGCACCACCUGUGGCGCCUCCUGUUCCUAUGACAACACCCCCACCGCCUAUGAUGGGCGGGGACAUGAGCGGUACACAUGGGGGAUAUGGAGGAUAUGGUAACUGGUAUCAGCAACCGCAGUAUGGAGGAUAUGGUGGAUACCAGAAUCCAUGGAAUCAGUAUAAUCAAUAUUACCCACCCAGUUAAGGUGAUGGGCAAGAGGAGUCAUUGGAUUCCAGUCACAAGUUUGGAGAACAGUCAUACCACAAUGAAUGAACAUAUUUAUGGUCACAAUCCUGAUGUCAAGCAGACUUCUAAGUCAAAUGAUGAUGGUAUUUCAAAUUUAGUUAGAGCAUAAGAAUAGAGAUCAACUGUUUGUCCUUCCUAAGUAAUAUGUUGAAACCCCCAGAAAACAUCUUUUUUUUUUUUUCUUAAUCUGUAAUGACUGCUUUUCCUAAAUUGCAUCAAAAUAUUCUUUAAAAUGCUCACAUGUAGAUAUUUGUGAUGACCCACAGAUUGACUAUAGGAUAUAACAGCAUGGCUUUAGUUAAAAAUGUUAUUCCUAGAGCUCCUGUAAU